AGACCUUAAUGUGCCACUUUGCAAACAUACAGAGAGGAAUCUCUAUUGCUAUUGUAACCUCCUCAAUAUGAUAUACUGUUUGUCAUUUUACUUUUGUCUCAAUCGAAAGAGAGAUGGAGAAAGAGAUAUACAGAGAUUGCCAGAGAAACCAUGCACGCUGCCUUGGAGGCUAUGCAAUCGAUGGUUGCACUCAGUUCAUUCCUUUUAACAACUCUAAAACCCAUUGUAAAGCCUGUGGUUGCCAUAGAAACUACCAUCGGAAAGUCCUUUGCAGAGACCUGGAACAAUCUCCUAAUGGUAAGUCGUUCAGGAGCCUAAGAGAGGCAAAGAGGAUGGCUCGGCAGCAACAGAGUUGUUGUGGUGUAAACAUGAAGCAGAGGAAAUCCAAGUUCAGUAUGGGACAAAGAGAAGCGAUGAGAGAAUUUGGUGAGGGGCUUGGAUGGAGCAUGAGGAACAAAGAUCGACCAGAGGAAAUCAACAGAUUUUGUGAAAGAAUUGGUGUUAGCAGGAUAAUCUUCAAGACAUGGUUGAACAAUAACAAGAAAUGUUACUUCAAAGGGACAUCAUCUGCUAACAUCUCAAGCUAAUAGUUCAUCUCAUAUACCUGUUUUAGAGUGUGUGUUUUUUUUUUUUAAUGAUAUUUCUCUUGUUUGCAGAAUAAGACUGCUAAUUUUGUCUUCAAAUUCACUGUUUGUUUGCAUGGCAUUGGCAAGUUCAGUAAGGGUUUGCAGAUUAGACUUGGCUUGGGUUACUCGUUAAUGUCAAAAACCUCAUAAAAAUAAUAAAUUAGGUUGUCCAUACUCAAA